AUGUCUAAAGGAGGAGCUGGGGUUAAUGGACCAGCACCACCCAUUCCAAGACUUGGUAUUGGACCAUAUCAGUGGGAUACUGAAUGUCUACAUGGUGAUGUUGGGCAGAAUGCUACGGCCUUUCCACAAUCCAUAGGUCUUGCAGCAACUUGGAGUCGAGAUUUGAUAUAUUCUGUGGCUAAAGGUAUAUCACAAGCUGUAAGAGCAAACCAUAAUGCUUAUAUCAAAAAACAUUCCUAUAUUACCUAUUCUGGUAUCAGCUGUUUUGCACCAAUGAUUAAUAUCAUGAGAGAUCCACGAUGGGGCAGAAAUCAGGAAACGUAUGGAGAAGAUCCUCACCUAACUGGAAUAUUAUCAACUGGAUAUGUGAAAGGUUUACAAGGUGAUCAUCCCAGAUAUGUUAGAGCUAGUGCAACUUGUAAACAUUUUAAUGUUCAUGGUGGUCCAGAAAAUAUUCCCGUAUCCAGAUUCUCUUUUGAUUCUAAGGUGACAAUGAGAGACUGGAGAACAACAUUUCUACCAGCCUUUAGACAUUGUCUUGGUGCCGAACCUUUAGCUGUUAUGUGCAGUUUUAACAGUAUAAAUGGUGUCCCAGCAUGUGCUAAUGAUUACCUGCUGAACAAAAUCUUACGUCAGGAAUAUGGUUUUAAAGGAUAUGUAACAAGCGACGAGAAAGCUAUAGAAAGAGUUAUUACUGAACAUCAUUAUUUUAACAAUACGGUAGAUUGUGCUGCAGCUGUAGCAAAUGCUGGUGUUAGUAUUGAGGUUUCCGGUGCUCAACCCAUGGACGAGAUCGUGGGACCCAUGUCUAAUAAUGCUGCUCUUUUAAAUGGUGAUUAUGAAACAGCUGUAGACAGACGUUUUGUUACCACGCCCUCUGAUACACUUUAUAUGUUAUCUUACGACACAACAAGUUAUGCUGAUGGUUGUAAUGAUACACAUUGUAUGCAGUAUAAUGUUGAUGAUGUUAAGUCUGCAGUAACUGAUGCUGAUGUUGUUUUUAUCUGUAUUGGAUUAGGUAUUCCAGUGGAAGCCGAGGCUAAUGACAGACGUGACGUAGACCUUCCCGGUUUCCAAUCUCAGUUGAUUCAAGAUGCAAUACACUAUAGUGGGUCAGCGAAGGUUGUUUUAAUAACAUUUAAUGCUGGACCAGUCAAUAUUACAUGGGCUGAUAUGAAUCCAAGAGUAUCAGCAAUUAUAGCUGCUUUCUAUCCAGGACAAGCUACUGGUAUUGCUUUAUUAAACGUUAUGACUGAUCAUUACAUGCCAAAAUUUGGAAGAUUGCCUUACACAUGGUUUAAUUCCAUCUUCCAGGUACCACCAAUAGUCAACUAUACAAUGGUAGACAGAACAUACAGAUAUACAACAAAACAACCAUUAUAUCCAUUUGGUUAUGGUUUAACUUAUGGUAUAUUUGUAUACAGUCAACUCACAUAUAAACAAGAGAUAAAUGCUGGUGAUUCACAGAGUGGUCAGGUUGUGGUAGCUAAUCGUGGAGAGUUUGAUGCUGAUGAAGUUGUACAAGUAUACCUCAAGUGGAACUCUCCAAGUGUAACAACACCAAAUAUUCAACUGGUGGAUUUCAACAGAGUAACAUUGGCCAAAAACGACAUAGCCACAGUUAAAUUUUCUAUCGCACCACAAGACAUGGCUGUAUGGACUGAUGAUAAAGGAUGGGUUAUUGAAGAAGGUAUAAUAAGUUUCUAUGUUGGAGGAAGUCAGCCAGGACAACCAGCUAAAAGAACAAUGAGAACUGGAAUAAUACCAGGCACCUUUCAGAUUAAAGGAACUAAAGUACUUGGUUAUUUUUAA